CCUGUUGUAGUAAUUGUAUUGACUAGAUGGAAUUUUUUCUCCGUCGAUUAAUUAUUUGUGUUGUUUUUAUUGGCGGUGGAUUAUGCGCACCUCUUGAUAAUGUGCAAAAUUCGAAAUCUAUAUCUGUUGUUGUAGAUGAAAAAUCCAAGGACAUCGCUGUCUGGAAUGACUUUCUUGUGAUCAAAAGGAGACCUAGAAAACGGCAAUCGAUCAAAAGAGUAACGUCCCGCCCUACCGUAAAACCGACAGAGGCCCCUAAAACGACGACAUCCACCCCUGAUCCAACCACCACCACCACCACCACCGCCACACUUAAACCAGAGAUAUCAGGAGCUGUAAGAAGAACAUUCAAGUUUAAAACAACAAUAACAAAGGUGUAUCACGUACCUCCAAAGGUUUUUGUCCGAGACUGGUAUAGAUUUAUUAGGAAUUUCAGUUGGUCAGAUUUUCAACGAAGACAGAAAAACAACCGGUGUCCGUGGUGCCGUUGAGAGAUUUGUGGGACAUUUUACUUCGCUUUUUAAAUCUGUGCGUAGGUGUGAAAUAAAUGAAAUUUUGAAAUGACCAAGUGCAAUGUCUUGUCAAGUCGUAAUACCAAUUACGCAAUUUGACAGUAAUCUGUUAUACUUGUAAUAAAUAUCUUAGUUUGAGAUCAAGUUAUGUAAAUGACUACGAACUCGAUAUUGUGUCAGAUGAUGCGGUUACAUAAAUUAAUGAAUUAACAUAUUUUUAUAAUAAAUCCAACAGCAUU